AUGCCGGGGGCCGGGAGGCGCUGGGCUGGGGCUGUGCUGGUGACACUGGCGGUGCUGGGACCCCACGUGGCUCGUUGCACGGAGCCCCCAGAGCAUUUCAUGUACCAGGGCAAGCACGACUGUCUCUACACCAACGGCACCCAGCGCGUGAGGUAUCUGGACAGGCACGUCUGGGACCGGCAGCAGUUCAUGCACUUCGACAGCGACGUGGGCGUGUACGUGGCCGACACGGAGCUGGGGGAGCCUGCCGCCAAGUACUGGAACAGCCAGAAGGACGUGCUGGAGAACAGACGGGGCGCAGUGGACACGUUCUGCCGACACAACUACGGGGUGUUGGAGAACUUUAUCAACACGCGCAAAGCGAAGCCCAAAGUGAAAGUUUCCCCAACAAAAUCAGGGGCCCAGGCCCACCCAGACACACUGAUUUGCUCCGUGACGGGGUUUUACCCCGGCGGGAUCGAGGUGAAAUGGUUGAAGAACGGGCAGGAGCAGACGGCCGGAGUGGUGUCCACGGAGCUGAUGCAGAACGGAGACUGGACCUUCCAGAUCCUGGUGAUGCUGGAAAUGACCCCCCGGAGCGGGGACGUCUACACCUGCCAGGUGGAGCACAGCAGCCUGCCAGGCCCCAUCACCGUGCUCUGGGGUAAGGAACUGGGAGCCUGGGGCAGCCCCUGA